AUGUAUGAACCUCAUGGUAGACAAGCCACGCCAGUCCCUACGUAUAACACCAACAACAAUCUGCAGCCUGGCUUUGUUGAGGAGAAGACUGGCUACCCCGACACAUUCGCCAUGAUGCCUGUGGGAUACUGCCAGCAUUCGGCCAUGCUGCCUCCCAACCACCACUGCACAUGCAAGGAAUACAGACAGAACUACUACCUACAAUCACACUCCCGUCGACCUCCUGGCACGCUGAACCCGGCCAUCAGUGUCCCUCUGAGCAUCUGCACUGCCGGUCUGUCGUGUGCCGCGAUGGGGAUUUACAGGGGCAUCAAGGAACACCAGGCUCGAAGAAGGCACAUGAAAGCCCAGAAGGAGACUACCACCGACGUCAAAACGGUACCAGCGACGUCGGUCGUCGAGACAUCCAUCGUCCGACCUUCGUCGGUUUCGCACAUUCCAGAGAUGCCAGGCGAUGGGGUCGCGGGUGGCCACGGCCACGCUCUCGAAGUCCCGGCGGACGAUACAACGACCGCUCAUCAUCCCAUGUCGCCGGAUUCGUUGCUGUCGCCCACAUAUUCUGAGCUGUCUGCUUCAACGGGACCCAUGGACAAAGUCGAAACCGUCUCCGAAAUAGACAGCACUCCGAUCGAGCCGCCUCCAGAGUAUCAUGAAAAGUCUUCACAAUAUAAAUGA